AAGACACUGAAGGCCCUCACACCACGCGAUGUAUAAUCUGUAUGCGGCUGUGCUGCUGGCCCUUUCCUCUGUCAGCCUGGUCAGCGGUGGCUGCAUCGACCGAGACCCCGCCGAGUGGCCGGUGCAGGACAUAUCGGAGCUGAGGAAAAGAUCAGAGAAGGAGCUGGCCGCCAUAUUCGCAAAAGGCACGCGCACGUGACGCGCACACACAGCGACCAACAACCCGCCAGCCAGCCAGCCAGCCAGCCAGCCAGGCAGGCAGCCAUCCGUGUGUGUUCUUGCGUGUGUGUGCGUGUGUUUUGUCAGGUUGUGUGGAGGAUGAGAGUUUUAUGUUGGGGACCAAGUACGGGGAGAUGAUCUGGGUGGACCUGCCGGAGCCCUUCCGGUCGGCCUACACGGGGCUGUUCAACCUGGCCUUCCAGGGCUUCUUCGUACAGAAGACCGUCUGCAAAGGCGAAGACCUCUACUUCUACUUCGUCCUGCUCAACCCGUUCGACGGCGGCAAGGUGUGUAGCCGUGCGAAGCGAAGCGAAGCAACACGACGAGGGCGACGCCGGCGGCAUGUUUGUGUGUGUAUGUGUGCCAUACAGGUGUUCAAGAGCCAGUAUGGCUGGUUCACUGCGAAAGUGACGAAGGGCCAGCUGCCGGACGAAAAGCAGCGGAUCGAUGACGCCCCGUCUUACCUGUUUGACUACCGCAUCACCAAGGAGGAAUGCCCAGAUCAAGUCUCGCCAUUCGGCCGGCUGGUCCGUGCAUGGGACCCACACACAGACACACACACACACACACAGAGAGGCAGAGAGAGAGAGAGAUAUAGAGCAGUGUGUGCCGUGUCUUGAUUGGUGGAUGUGUGUGUGUGCAGAAGUACCCCUUCGACAACGCUCCAAUCCUCAACACGGUUUUGGACGAGGGGCGGAUCGUGGGCAUCGACAAGGAGAACAGGCCCAUCAUACUCCUCCGCAUAUUCUUCGAAGUCAUGCCCGGCAAGUUCGCCCUGUGGGAACACGGCCUCAUGCUCGGCAACCCUCUCGACGGUGGCACCGCCUGACCCUACUGACCAAUUGAUGCCUGGAUGGAUGGAUGGAUGAACGAGUGCAGUGCAGCUGACACUUGACCAACACGGUCGAUGCAGCUGCUCGUGCAGGGUGGUGCUGAGGGGGUGGUGCGUGGGAGUGACAGUGACUACUAUCGUGAGACGACAAACGGGGCCUGACAUUCCAUUCACUGCAUCACAUGGGGCCGGUCUGUCUGUUGUGUACUAUAUAUAUGUCUGUGAGUGAGGGAAGCGAUGUGGGGUCGGUCUGCACACAGGCCGACAGGACGACGGUCGCACGAUUACCGUUUUCCGUUGCUGCAUUGCACAUUGCAAUGGUUGAGUUGAUCAUCCAUCGUCCGUGGCGGUGCAUUGCAUGGUGGGUGGGUGCGGGGGGCGGGAGGGGUGGGGGCACAUCACAUGCAUACAAACAUGUGGUGUUGGUAAUUCAAUUGAACAAAGACAGGACAGGCUAAUUCGAAAGCGGUUCAUUUCGUUGGGGGGCUGCUAGUGGUGAGGGAGGGGGGAGGGAGGGGGGGCAACCAUCCACAGCAUCCAUCCUGCUUAUCAUGCGCCGUACCUGUGUUACUGGGUGGUUGGUACUGUUGAUUUGUGAUGUUGCUGGU